CUUGAGUAUUUGUUUACAUCAGCUGUCACCUCAGUUGCUGACGACGUUGCAAAAGGUGCUGAUGUUUUUUAAUAGUUAUUACCUCUAGCAAUUUGUUAAUUUUCUAAGGUAGUACGUGGUAUUUUUCCCUGAUUCCUUCACUGACAAUCCCCAUCAGUCAUUUGUGACUUCGCAGUGUGUGAAAAAAUGGCAAAUUGAGGCCAAGGAGACAGUGCAGGUGGGACUUGUGAGCAGUUGUUGGAGGAUCUUUCGUGGCAUUCUGGAGAGUUAUUUCCGUGUAAUAAAAUUAAUUAAAAAAAAACUCAUGAGGUGCAGAUGCUGUUAUCAUGGGCACACAAACGACUAAUGUGAUAACGCUGUCUAACAGCAUUAUUGGCGUAGGAAUACUUGCUAUGCCCUUCUGCUUCCUCAAGUGCGGUAUUAUCUUGGCGAUAAUUCUACUGAUUGUUAGCAUGUACGUUACUAGGAUCUCCUGCCACUUCCUCAUUAAAUCCUCCUUCCUCACCAAGAGGCGCAAUUUUGAAUUCCUUGCUUUCCAUGCUUUCGGAACUUCGGGAAAGCUGAUGGUUGAGCUCUUCGUGAUUGGCUACUUGAUGGGUACUUGCAUAGCCUACUACGUUGUUGUAGGCGAUCUAGGACCUCAGAUAGCCGCAAAAAUUUUAAAUAUUCCUCAAACUGAUCUCUUGAGACUGUGGGUGAUGGUACUGCUGACGCUCCUGUGUGUCCUGCCGCUAGGCCUGCUCAAAAAUGUCGACAGCCUAGCCACAGUGAGCACAGCAUCAAUUGGGUUCUAUCUCUGCCUUGUGCUUAAAGUCAUGGCCGAGGCUAAAGGACCUUUUAUGUUGGGUGAAUGGAAGCACUUGGUGCUUCUCUGGCAACCGAGUGGGGUCAUGCAAUGCCUACCAAUCUUCAGCAUGGCUCUAGGCUGUCAGAUGCAGCUUUUUGAAGUGCAGGAAACGAUGCCUGGAGUGUCACUUGAAAAGAUGAACCAAACUGUGCGGUCAGCUACAGCUCUAUGCUGUAUGACUUACAUUUUGGUUGGCUUCUUUGGGUACGUGGCUUUCUGCGCCCAGGGAUUUGCUGGGAAUAUCCUUCUAAACUUCUCUGCUACCCUCAUCAGUGAUGUCAUCAAAAUUGGCUUUGUUAUAUCUGUUGCUUGCAGCUUUCCCCUAGUGAUCUUCCCCUGCAGAGCCUCUCUCUAUUCCUUGCUCUACAGAAAGGAUCACGUUGAUGCAGUUAACUACAUACCUGAAGCAAAAUUCCGAUUGCUAACUGUUAUUAUCGUGGUGAUUUGCCUGAUCAUUGGUAUCCUCAUUCCUUCAAUUGAGCUUGUAAUUGGACUAAUUGGGUCCACGAUGGGUGUGUCCAUUUGCGUAAUCUUCCCGGCUCUCUGCUUUAAGCGAGUGGCCAAGAAGGACUCCACUGAGAAAUCUGCAGCUCAGUUUAUGUGCGUCUUUGGCUUUGUUCUCAUGAUCCUUGGCACUUAUGCCAAUCUAAGUGCCAUAGAUGAAAAGAAGUCUGGGCCUAUCAUUGACAAUAAUGAUCUCAAUGACAUGAGAAUACAAGAUAAUGUCAGAGAGAUGCUUCCUGAGAAGAUCCCUGAACCUAAGCUUCCUGAAAGUAUGAAGGAAGAUCGAGAGAUCACAGAGAAAGUCAGACCUCCGGAUUUGAUAGAUGUUGGAAAGGAAUCUAUUAUUCAAAAGGAUACAAUUGAGAAAGAAGUAGAUAAAAGUGAAGUUAGGGAGAAAGAGAAGAUCCUCGAUGCUGACGCUAUCAUGAAGGAAGAUCGAGAGAUCGCUGUGGAAGAUUCAGGCAAGAAGCAUGAUCAGCAUGAUCAUGAAUUCCAUGCUGUUGUCAAUGAAAUCCAACGACAAAAUAAACAAAUGAUGGAAAAACUUGAACAGAUAGCCGGGAAGAUUGACAAUGAGAAAAAUUCAAAGGAAAAUAUCCCUCCAGGUGAUCCUGCCAAACCCAAUGAUUCUAGUCCAAAGCUUGAGGUGCCAAAGGCUGAAGAUCACAGAGAUGAAGUGAAAAUUGCCGAGGAACCGGUCAAGAUUCCAGAACCAAAUUCCAGGGAGAGACUGAUCCAGAACAUCACAAAUAAAUUCCCCAAUCCCAUUCCAAUAGCUCUCCUGCCGAAUGCUUCCCAGAAGCACGAUGAGGUUGUCAGGGAGGCGACAAUGCCAAAGAAUAGGACUCUUGAGGUGCCGAUGAAAGUGCCUGAGAAGAUUCUGGAGCUGCCCAAGCUGAUGGACACAGUGAAGGCAACGAUUGAAGCUCCUGUUGAGAAAGCCGAUGGCAAACCAGAGCUUCCCAAGGAGGAAGUGAAGAAAGAUCAACCAGAAACUUCCAAAGAGAACGUCGAUACAAUACGACGGGAUCUGUUGGGGGUUAAUUCGCCAUCGGCCAGGGAGAAGAGAAAUGUAGGUGAUCAGGAUUGUGAGAGAGAUUUGGAGCAGCUUUAAAGUUGGAUGUAAAUAAAGGAAGAAAAAUAAAAUUAUAUAAUUUUGUCUUUAA